GUGGUGCCCGCAGCCGCCUGCGGUGGGGCCCGGCCUUGGGCGGGGAGGGGCCCCUACGCGCCCUGGAUGGGAGGGGCCCCUCUGGCCUGGCGGAAACGGUGAGAUUCUCCCAUCCGGACUCCAACUGCUCGCACAGUCCACACAGGGUACCUGUCCGCCCAGCCGGCACCCGCAAGCCCCGGGAAGCCCGCCGCUGAACCUCAAGUUCUUGGAUUUUCCUAUGCCACCUGGAGGAAUCUGCAAACCUCUUGGCGUCCGUCCACCACACCUCCGACCAGCAGGUGGCACUGUUGCCAUCUCGAUAACAUAGACUCGUCCUCCUUGUGGUGCUCAUGUUUUCCUAAGUCCCUGGACACUUCCGGCACUGGAGGAACUUUGGUGCGGCCGGAUGCGCAACGUGGGGACUCAGGCGCGCAAGGCGGCACGGGUUGUUUCCGCCUUGUAGGUGGUCUGUAUUGAGAGUCCGCGGCGAAGGGAAGAUGGAGACGAUACUGGAGCAACAGCGGCGCUAUCAUGAGGAGAAAGAACGGCUCAUGGACGUCAUGGCCAAAGAGAUGCUCACUAAGAAGUCCACGCUCCGGGACCAGAUCAAUUCUGAUCACCGCACUCGGGCCAUGCAAGAUAGGUAUAUGGAGGUCAGUGGGAACCUGAGGGAUUUGUAUGAUGAUAAGGAUGGAUUACGAAAGGAGGAGCUCAAUGCCAUUUCAGGACCCAAUGAGUUUGCUGAAUUCUAUAAUAGACUCAAGCAAAUAAAGGAAUUCCACCGGAAGCACCCAAAUGAGAUCUGUGUGCCAAUGUCAGUGGAAUUUGAAGAGCUCCUGAAGGCUCGAGAGAAUCCAAGUGAAGAGGCACAAAACUUGGUGGAGUUCACAGAUGAAGAGGGAUAUGGUCGUUACCUUGAUCUCCAUGAUUGUUACCUCAAGUACAUUAACCUGAAGGCAUCUGAGAAGCUGGAUUAUAUCACAUACCUGUCCAUUUUUGACCAAUUAUUUGACAUUCCUAAAGAAAGGAAGAAUGCAGAAUAUAAGAGAUACCUAGAGAUGCUGCUUGAGUACCUUCAGGAUUACACGGAUAGAGUGAAGCCUCUCCAAGAUCAGAAUGAACUUUUUGGGAAGAUUCAGGCUGAGUUUGAGAAGAAAUGGGAGAAUGGGACCUUUCCUGGAUGGCCGAAAGAGACAAGCAGUGCUCUGACCCAUGCUGGAGCCCAUCUUGACCUCUCCGCAUUCUCCUCCUGGGAGGAGUUGGCCUCUCUGGGUUUGGACAGAUUGAAAUCUGCUCUCUUAGCUUUAGGCUUGAAAUGUGGCGGGACCCUAGAAGAGCGAGCCCAGAGACUAUUCAGCACCAAAGGAAAGUCCCUGGAAUCACUUGAUACCUCUUUGUUUGCCAAAAAUCCCAAGUCAAAGGGCACCAAGCGAGACACUGAGAGGAACAAAGACAUUGCUUUUCUAGAAGCCCAAAUCUAUGAAUACGUAGAGAUUCUCGGGGAACAGCGACAUCUCACGCAUGAAAAUGUACAACGCAAGCAAGCAAGGACAGGAGAAGAGCGAGAAGAGGAGGAAGAAGAGCAGAUUAGUGAGAGUGAGAGUGAAGAUGAAGAGAAUGAGAUCAUUUACAACCCCAAAAACCUGCCGCUUGGCUGGGAUGGCAAACCCAUUCCCUACUGGCUAUAUAAGCUUCAUGGCCUAAAUAUCAACUACAACUGUGAGAUUUGUGGAAACUACACCUACCGAGGGCCCAAAGCCUUCCAGCGACACUUUGCUGAAUGGCGUCAUGCUCAUGGCAUGAGGUGUUUGGGCAUCCCAAAUACUGCCCACUUUGCUAAUGUGACACAGAUUGAAGAUGCUGUCUCCUUGUGGGCCAAACUGAAAUUGCAGAAGGCUUCAGAACGAUGGCAGCCUGACACUGAGGAAGAAUAUGAAGACUCGAGUGGGAAUGUUGUGAAUAAGAAGACAUAUGAGGAUCUGAAAAGACAAGGACUGCUCUAGUGUUCAGGGAUGUAGCUCAGCUUUUUGGCCAGUCCAGGCUUCCCUAAGAUCUGCUUUUUCUAUUUCUCCCAACCAAAUCCUCUUAAAGACCCUUUGCUAUGUAGUCUCAUGGUGUAGCAUGCAUCUUGUAGAAACAAGGCAUGCUGGCAGAUUGCAGGGUUGGGAUGUGUUUUAUCUGUUUUAUAUUAAAAAAGAUUCUGCCAGAAAAUAAAACCAGGCCUUGUUCUGAA